CGGAAAGCAAUGAUCGGUGGUGUGAAAGACGCCACGCGCUCUCUUCCUCACCUUCCUGGGAGAAGAAGACGACGAUGAAGCAUUAACUGAUUCUUGUUUCGUAAAACUCCGAAAAAACCAUGGUUGCAUUAGCUGUUUCUUCCUCGGGCAUUGCUUCGUUUCGCCGGCAUUAUAGCUUCCGGUUACGUCCACGAAACCCUCCGACUCAAGCAGCAGUUUCGCCUUCUUCUUCUUCUGCUUCGGCUUCUCCUGGGGUUGACUUGAGUACCCUCGAGUCCGCCAUUAACAAGAAAGAUAGUAGUGGUGUGAAGGAAGCUCUGGAUCGUUUGGGUGAAGAAGGUUGGGCUAAGAAAUGGAGUUCUCAGCCUUACAUGUCGCGUCGUACGACAUCGCUUCGGGAGCUGACAACUCUCGGAAUCAAGAACGCAGAGACUCUUGCCAUCCCUAGUGUCAGGAACGAUGCUGCUUUUCUUUUCACUGUUGUCGGAACAACCGGUUUCAUAGCUGUACUUGCCGGCCAACUUCCCGGGGACUGGGGAUUCUUUGUGCCGUACUUAGUUGGGAGCAUAUCUUUGGUGGUUUUAGCCGUGGGAAGCGUUUCACCGGGGCUUCUUCAAGCUGCCAUUUCCGGGUUUUCGACAUUCUUCCCUGAUUAUCAAGAACGUAUUGCCGCACACGAAGCAGCUCACUUCUUAGUGGCUUACCUAAUUGGACUUCCAAUCCUCGGGUACUCGCUAGAUAUUGGUAAAGAACACGUCAAUCUCAUCGACGAGAGGCUAGCUAAACUAAUAUACAGCGGCCAGCUUGACUCAAAGGAGCUUGAUAGAUUGGCUGCUGUUGCAAUGGCUGGACUUGCUGCUGAGGGUCUGAAGUAUGACAAAGUGAUUGGCCAAUCUGCGGAUCUGUUCUCUCUUCAGGUCCUCUUAGUUCUUAUUACCUCACCACUCACAAGUUCACAAACACUGAGUUUUAAUUUCUUGCAGAGGUUCAUCAACAGGAGCCAACCUAAAAUCAGUAAUGAACAGCAGCAAAAUCUAACGAGAUGGGCUGUUCUUUACUCUGCUUCUCUUCUGAAGAACAACAAGACCAUCCAUGAAGCUCUAAUGGCUGCAAUGUCCAACAAUGCAUCUGUUCUUGAAUGUAUCAAGACCAUUGAGACAGCUUCCUAGACUUGGCGCAGCUCUGGAUUCUUCAAAUACAGUGAACUAUCUCUAACUCUCUUUUGAUCAAUCCAGUUCCAAGACCACUAAAUCGAGUCACAUAUUUUCUUAAAUAUAUAAACGAGAAAAGACAGAAUAGAUUAUCUAUUUUUAUACUAAAAGUUUCCUCUUGGCGCCUGACAUGUUAUUUACAUUGCCUUAACCGCAAUAUUUUGUUUUUCAAAAUACCAAUUUAAAACU